GUCACAAUCAUAAAGACAAAGUGCUAAAAUUAUCCCCAAAGUCAAUAGUCAACUUUCACCCUCAACAAAUAAUUGAAUCUAAAGCCGCCAUAACAACACCUUCUUAACCAACUACCCCCACCACCACCCUCCAAAAACCCCCAAAACAGAAAACACACACACGAAAAAAUUUCUCCACAAUGCAUUAUCCUCUCAUUAUCUUCUCCAUCUUCAACCUCCUAACAUUCUCAUUCUCAUCUUCCUCAGCUCAAUCUCUCUCCUCAUUCUCCAUCACAACAUCACCAUGGCACCCAUCUCAAAACCGCACUAUUCUCUCUCCUAACUCCACCUUCACCGCAGGAUUUCAACGUUCACCCACUUCUCCAAAUCUCUUCAUUUUCUCAGUUUGGUACUCCAACAUCUCUCAUGAUCACACCAUCAUUUGGUCUGCUAACUGGGAUUCCCCUGUCCACCAAUCAGCUUCAUUGAUCAUCACAUCCAACGGUGAUCUUCAACUCAUCAACGGCUCAUCUGGCCCCAAUCUAUGGAAUACAACAACUUCCAUGAGGUCGAAUUCUAGUAGAUUAUUUCUCAGAGAUGAUGGAAAUUUACUGUUUGGUAAUUCUUGGGAAAGUUUUCAACACCCAACUGAUACUUUUUUGGGUAAUCAAACUUUUGUAAACGGCACCGUUUUGAGAUCUAGAAAUGGGAAGUUUAGGUUUACUGAGUUAAGGAAUUUGGUCUUUGAUGGUGGGUCCGGGUCCGGGUCGGAUACUUAUUGGUCGUGGGGUAAUGGGCUUUUAAGUCUUGGUCUUGAUGGGCAGAUUUUAACAGAUGGGGGAAACCCGAUUUUUUGUGCGGAUUAUGGGCUGAACCGAACCCGGAGACUUACUUUGGGGGAUGAUGGGAAUCUUCGGGUCUUAAGUUAUGACCCGGGUAAUCGGGUUUGGGUUCCUGUUUGGGUGGCAUUGUUAGAAAUUUGUCAAGUGCAUGGUUUAUGUGGGCCGGGUUAUAUUUGUUACAGUGAUGGGUCAACUUUAUCGGGUUACGAAUGUGUUUGCCCGCCCGGGUUUAGGCGGAGUCGCGGGUCCGAUUCGUGUGAAAUAAGGAACCCGAUUGUUGAUAUGGGGGAAAGUAAAUUUCUGCGGCUUGAUUAUGUUAAUUUCUCAGGAGUUUCAAACCAAACUAGUUUAAGGGCUCCUAAUUUUGCUGAGUGUGAGUCUAGGUGUAAGAGAGACCGAAGAUGUCUCGGGUUCGGGUUUAAGUAUGAUGGGUUGGGUUAUUGUGUGCUCCAACACGGUGCGCUUGUAAACGGGUAUUGGUCCCCGAAUACGCAAAUGGUCUUUUAUCUUAGAGUGGAUAACUCUGAGUCCGACCCGAGUAAUUUUACGGGUAUGUCGCAGGUUCUCGAUACCACGUGCCCGGUCCAAAUAAGUUUAGCAAAUCCGGAUGAUGAGUCCGACGGGACAACCCGAAACAUUAUAAUUAUAGUUGGUCUUUUUGCUAUUGAAAUUGCUAGUGGGGUGCUCUUGUUUUGGGCCUUUUUAAAGAGGUAUGUAAAGUACCGUGACAUGGCUCAAACACUUGGGCUUGGGCUGUUACCUACAGCUGGGCCUAGAAGAUUUAGUUAUGCUGAAAUCAAAACGGCUACACAGGAUUUUAGUGAAGCCAAUGUCAUAGGGAAAGGUGGGUUUAGUGAUGUUUACAAAGGAAAGUUGCAAGAUGGGAGGCCUGUGGCAGUUAAGUGCUUAAAAAACGUCUCCGGUGGAGAUACGGAGUUUUGGGCUGAGGUGACGAUCAUAGCACGUAUGCACCACCUUAAUUUGGUUCGUUUAUGGGGCUUUUGCAACGAGAAAGGCCGGAGGAUUUUAGUUUAUGAGCGUGUAUCGAACGGGUCACUUGAUAAAUAUCUCUUUAGAUCAAGCGGCACUGAGUCGGAUGGUCUUGAACAGAAGCCCAUACUUGAUUGGAAUAUCAGGUACAGGAUUGCCCUUGGGGUGGCAAGGGCAAUUGCAUACCUACAUGAAGAGUGUUUGGAAUGGGUAUUGCACUGCGACAUCAAGCCUGAAAACAUACUCUUAGGGGACGAUUUUUGCCCCAAGGUUGCUGAUUUUGGGUUGUCAAAACUCCGAAAGAAGGAACAACUGGUAACAAUGUCGAGGAUCCGUGGUACACGAGGCUACCUAGCACCGGAAUGGGUUAAAAAUGACACCAUCACUUCUAAAGUUGAUGUGUAUAGUUUUGGCAUGGUACUUCUAGAGAUUGUGACAGGAGUAAGAAAUCUAUUUCAAGGGCCUUCCACAGUUGCAAGUGAAGAUUGGUAUUUACCUCAGUGGGCAUUUGAAAUGGCGGUCGAAGAAAAGAGAAUUGACCAAAUAUUAGACCGACAAAUUAAAGACUCUUAUGAUGACAAAGUGCACUUUAAAUUGAUCGAGCGAAUGGUGAAAACUGCAAUGUGGUGUGUUCAAGAGAAGGCAGAGAUGAGACCAUCAAUGGGAAAGGUGGCUAAAAUGCUUGAAGGGACCGUGGAAAUCAUGGAACCACCAAAGCCAACAAUCUUCUUCAUAUGAGCGGAUAAGUGAUCACUAAAUGUAAUAUAACUCUGUUCAAAGAUAAUCCUUGUGAAGUAUUUAAUUUAUGAAGCUUGAAAAUGUAUGUAACACACAAGAUUUUGCUUGUAUAAUAUCCUUCAAUCCAAAAUCAAUUGUAACAUUAUCCUGA